AUGCCAAGUGCUCAAUUGCGUGAUUUGGAUUUGGUUAAAUGGUUGGAUAACAAAUUGGGCGAUAAUAAUGAACUAUGGAGUGGACGUCAAGCAGCAUCGUUACUGUCACGUGAAAUGCUGGUCGAACUGGAAACUUGCUUUCAAGCACUGGAAUCUCACGUCAAGCUGAAGAUUGUACUUGCCAUUCCACAUUUGUCUUAUCGCUUGAUGACCAUGUGGAAGGAUCCUCUAUUGAACCUGUUAGACCUGGCUAGAAGAGAUGCAGAUGACUGGAUUGAAACUGUCUCAAAUAUGUAUCGAGACUUCCCAAGCCGUCGCUGUGUGAUUCCGAUUCCAUCAGAUUCCAGCUCUUAUUUUUACAAAACACUGGACGAAUUGAGAAAAAUCGUUAAGAAGCAUGCAGCAGAGGAUAAUCUGCGUUUGUUGCCAUUGGAUAAAUGUGUUGUGUCGCAAUCUGCGAUUAAGUGUCGGUAUGGAAUUGGCGAAGUGGAUGUGCGAAAACAUUUCAAUUUACGCCGACGAGCGAAAUCAUCCACUCUGAAGGCUGAUCUCGUUCGAUCUGCGGAAGUGGGUUCAAAUCCGACCAAAAAUCAGAAGAGCGGUGUAUAUUCAACGAGUUUUCCUAUUCGUAUGCGAAGUACAGCAAGAAAGCCGAAUAAUGAUUUGCCAAUGCGAGGUAUUCCUACCGUAAACACCUGUAAACUAUCCGCUGGUUUCACCAAUGAACCAAGAAAAUUUCAAAGGCAACUUGCGAAGCGUGAAGGCGGCGCUAAAUUGAUUGAUAUUGAUGAAAUACCUCAUGCGCUGAAGAAGAGAAGACGAGAACAAGAAGCUGAAGAGAAAGCAAAGAAACAUAAACGGACACUAUUUCAGGAGGCUCGUCGUUCAGUAUCGAUGAAGUCAACAACGUCCACUUGUUCAGAGAAUGCUGAUACGAUAAAAAGCGCUCCAGAAGCGCCUACAGAGCCAUCCGCUUCGUCAGAGGAGCCGAAGAGUGCAGCAGUUGGUGAACCAGCUGAGCCAUCUCCAUUAGUCGUAAAGCAACCGUCAUAUGCUGAUGUAAGGGAACAGCCAACGAUGGGUUGUGAGCAGCCUGUAUUGGUUAAUCCUGUGCAGACUCGGAUUGAACAACGUGACGCGGCAUUGCGUCGUCAGUGUAAUGAAAUGUUGAGUUCAGCAAACGCUCUCGACGCUCAGGGACAUCGAAUGGUUUCAGCGUUUUUAUCGGGCAACAAAGUUCAUCCAUUCCCUCACAUGGGUGAUGUAGUGACUUUGAAGUUAUCUGAAACUUACGAAGAUGAAAAGCGAUUGGACGGAUCUACGCAACGACUGCGUGUGGAAACUUAUUUCCAGAUGGAUUAUCGAACCGGUGAAUGGAAACGGCUACGAAAAACUCGAGUUCUGCGCGCCGAUGAGAUCAACAUGAUGCAGACGGCAUUUAAUUUUAACGCGGUGCCCUUUGGUUUACCUCAACGUUUCAGCUAG